AUGGCGGCCCACAAGGGGAGAGUUCACUUUGAAAGGUAUCAGGGUCAAGAGGGCUGGGCCCCAGCAUCUUACCUGAAAAAGGGAAGUGGGGACAUGUUUACACCAAAGCUGGGAUCUGCAGCUUCUGCCCACUCAUAUGCACUGGAUCUGGAUGGGAUUUCCCGGCAGCAGAACUCAGCAGGUCGAGACAAGAAUGGAUGCAACAACCAAAGAGAUGGAAGGUUUGAUGGUCGCCCUCUGCCAAAUGUGGAGCUCAGGCGAAAGUCACCAAAGAUGAGGCAGAGACCACCUCCUCGUCGAGAUCUCACGAUACCACGUGGCCUCCACUUGCCUAAGCCUCCUGUGCCACCACAAGUAGAAGAGGAAUAUUACACCAUUGCUGACUUCCAGACCACUAUCCCUGAUGGCAUCAGCUUUCAAGCAGGACUGAAAGUAGAGGUGAUUGAGAAGAACCUGAGUGGCUGGUGGUACAUUCAGAUUGAGGAGAAAGAAGGCUGGGCACCAGCUACUUUUAUUGAUAAAUACAAGAAAACUAGUAAUGCAUCUAGGCCUAACUUCUUGGCACCACUACCAAAUGAGAUUGCACAGCUCCAUCUUGGCAACAGUACAGCAGAGAGCAGCUUUGACGGAGAAGCCCCUGGGCCAUCCAGGCCUUUGCCUGAUGCACCACCUAAUGGUGCAGACCUUGGAGGGAAGUGGAAAGGGAAGGAGGCCCCCAAAAUUGCCAUGUCUGAGAACAGUGAUGCAUCUCUGUUUGUCGGGUACGAGGAGAUCUCUGAUCAGGAUGCAGAGGAGAAACCUAGCCUUCCGCCUCGGAAGGAAUCAAUCAUUAAAUCAGAAGAGGAAUUAAUGGAAAGGCAGCGGCUGGAACAGAGGCCACCUCCAAAGCCUCCUGGCACGAUUUUGCCAGUGAUUCCUCCCAAGCAAGCUGUGCCUCCAAGGGACAACAGGAAACCAGAACUCAAAACAGAGAAAGGGAAAUUGUUCCAGCUGAAAAACGAAAUGGGAUUAGAGUGCGGGCACAAGGUGUCACCCAAAGAAGUAAAGAAGCCAAAUCUCCGGCCCAUAGUCAAGCCAGCCAAGCCAAAAAUUGAGCCCAUGGAGGAUAAGCCUGAGCUGGCUUCCCAAAACCUUUUCUUGAAAUCAAAGCCUCAGAUCAGACCCAAGCCAGCAGCAGCCCCUAGAACAGACCCCCCAGGUACUCAGGCAGAUGAUAAACUAGACAUUGGCAAUCUGAGGAGCAAGCUCAGGCCUGCAAAGAUGCAAGAAAAACCUUCUGAACAGGACUCCGUGGCAGGGGAGAGCACCUUGAGCAGCAGUGUGCUGUCAGCAGAACUUUCUGUCAGAUCUCAGGAGAGACCAAAUGUGGAGAUUAGGCCUCCCUCCAGACCAGACAGUCAGAUCUUUAAGGAGACUCCUUUGCCCAAAGCUCCUGUUGCCUCUUCAAAGACAGGUGAGAGUGAGCCCAAGAGCAGCUCUACAGUUCCCAGGGAGCCACCUCAGCGGCCUGUCGUGCCACCUAGGAGGCCCCCUCCACCCAAGAAAGCAUCCUCUGCAUCUCCAUAUGCCCCCUCUCCGGAGCACAAAGCCCCACAGAGGGAAGUGCCUGAAGUCAGAGCAGCCCCAGUGCCUGGCAGGCCAAUGCUAGUUCCACCAAAAGCCAAAGGUUUUCUGCCAGCUGUGGGCCAAGAUGAUGCCAAAGCAAAAAGUGGCUUAGGCCAAAAGGUGGUCCCCAAGCUGGUGGAGAGGGAGACCAAGGAGAGAGGGUCUGCCUCCAUCACCAGUUCAGAUGUCUCCAAAGAAGCCCUCUAUGUGGCCAUGGCAGAUUUCGAUGGAGAUGAAGAAACCAGCAGCUUUAAAGAAGGGACGUUAUUUGAAGUUCGAGAGAAGAACAGCAGUGGCUGGUGGUUUUGCAAAGUCCUCACUGGAGGGCCAUGUUGGGAAGGCUGGAUUCCUUCCAAUUAUCUCAUUAAAAAGCCGUAGUCGUUCCUCCCUCAUCUUCAGUUUAUGCGGCUCAACAUUCCUCAUUUAUUACUAAAAUAUUUAAUUAGCUUAUUAAUUUAUAGGGUUUUCCCCCAUAAGACUGGCUUUUUAAAAAAAAGUAUCUGGGAUACCAUACGUUCCAACAUGUGCCUUUUCCAAGUCAGGCCAGCGAGAGAAGCAGGGUUUGAUGUAAUAUAGGUCAGCUUUUGGCAAACCGUUUCCUGUGCACCUUUUGAUACAUAAGCCCCUGUCCUCUCCCCUGUAUGGUUUAUAGGGCAUCCUGUUCCUCACAAGACUGGUUGAUGCGAAUGUCCUUUUUUAAUUCUCUGCAAGGUCUGGAGCAAAUAAUGUCACAAAAACCAGAGACUGCAAAAUGUAUACAUAAUUAAGUGCUCAAGAACCUGUUUUCAGGCAGUCUUGGGGAAAAUCUGUUUCUAGCUUAGUAAAGAAUUAGAGCCAGUCUUACUAGCAAAGGAAGGGAAGAGGGAACAGGAAAGGUCAUGGUUUGACUGAGUUUCCUUGUUAAAUGUCGUGCCAUAUUAUUCAGUUAACUAUUGGCAAGAGCUAAGGCACUCCAUAGAAAAAAUAAUAAAUAUGAGUUCAGUUGUACACUAUAUAGGUAUGCUGUUGUACCUAUUGAUUGUAAACUAUAUUGUAUACCAGGUGCAAAGUCUUAGCCAUGUAGGAACAGAAGGUCUUUCCAGCCUCAAGUUUGUGCCUUUUAUUCUUUGUUUGAAAAAUCUUGCUGACAGAACAGUUAGUUCUUGUGGGGCAGCUGGUAUUAUAUUAUGCCUUUUUUUGAAGCCAUGUUCUAUUGGACUUGAAUGUGCUCUCUCUGCUGCACACAUCACAGUGUGGGCUUGUAUUUCUCAAUACUGCCACCUCAUUUCAAUAAACAGAGGGGUUAUCCACUCUGCUUAAUUCUAAGGAACUGAAUUACUCUCGACACUGUGGCAGGAGGAUGGCUUGGCAGAACAGGGUGCCUCUCCUUCAAGCCUAGAUUGCACUGUUGCUUUCUUUACUGCUCCCGCAAGUCAGUUCCUUGCACUGUUCAGCCCUGAUCCCCUCAGGUAGAGUAGGUGACAGCUGCCAGGAUGGUUGCUCUCCAGUGGGUGCUAAUAACUUCUUUUCAACCUGGAGGUAGCAGCCAGAUCUCAUGGUGGGGAGGAAGGUUUUGCUGCAUCUCUACCCAUUUUAUCUUUUUCAUAUCCUUUUCCCUAUAAGAGCCUUUCCCAAAAAGCAUGUUUCUCAUUUUGUGUUUAUGUGUCAGUUGUAGAAAGGGAAACAAAACAAAACAUGGAGUUGAUGGAAGCCAAUGCCAGCAGUGUUUACUGAAACAUGCAACCAGUCUUUUUUUUAAAAAAACCAAUUCUGAGAGUGGUGAAAACUAUUGUACCAACACCACCCCAGUCAAAGGGCAUAUAUGGAUCCUGUUCUUUUAGCCAUAGAUCAUGGCACAUGUCUGUGAUACUGUGAAAUUGGUUCUGAACUGAAUAGGAAUAGGUACUGUAGCACUUUGUGCUAAGAAUCACUUCACAUGACAUUUCUGUAGUUUAGAAUGCUAACUAACUAACAUGCAUGCUUGUGGCAUCAGGUAUGGAAAUGUGUGCGUGUGUUUGGUGCUUAAUGUUUUAAAAUGCACCAGAGAGGUGUGUUUAUCUUUUCCUGAUCAUUGCUCAUAUUUAAAAGGCAAUCCCAACAGUGUGUGUACAUGCAUGUUCUCAGUCUUUGAAAUUUGAAUGAACCAGACGAAUAUAGUUCUGGACGGCAGUCCUAGAUGAUAUUGAGUGAAUGACGUUUUGAAGUUAAAAAAAAUUAAAGGACCAAAUCUAGAUGUUUCUAUAACUGCGUUCAGAAUAUGUGAAAAAGUUCACCUUGAAAUUUGUGUUGGUCCUAAAACAGGUGGUGGUUUUGAAAAAGACUGGCUUCAAGAAAUGGAAUCCCAGAUCUCCCCAGUAGUUCAGUUUCAUGAAUUGUUGUCUAGCUGGCCCCCCCUAGGCUGAAUCUAUGAAUAUGGUUAUUAAAAUACAUCAGUGUUAUUUUUAAAAUCAAUCUCUAUAGGGAUUCCAACUUCCAAUUUUGCCUUUGAAAAUCAGUACUUGAAGUUUUGUGUCUGCAUUUUUUCCCUAAAGACAUGCUGUAUUGGCACCCAUUACCUAGUACUGGGGUGUUUACUCUGUUCAUCUUACCCUUGUUCUUUAUAUUGUCAAUAGAUAGGAUCUGUUUUGCUGGUUUUCAUGCUCGAGAUCUAUGCUUCUCAUGCCUAUCUCUACCCACCCUGAUCAUAGAUCGUAUUGAUACUACGACCAAUUAUCGAAUUAUCUGUUUUCCAGCAGUGUGAAUUCAGUACACAAACAUCCAGUACUUCUCCUCUUGCCAUCCUAUGUGAUCUGUAUAUUACAGUAGCAUAACUGUAAAAUGCAUCGAGAGAAAUGACCAACUCAGGGCUCUGUCACUUUCCCAUAGAGCACUGAGUCCCAAAGACACAUCCUGUCCCCUUUUCCUGAGUGCAUAGGAGCUCCCCCAGUCGAGAAGGCAAUGGCUUCUGUCGUUGCUUCAUAACAGACUUGGUGUCCUGGACCUUGUUUGUUCUCUUGGCUGCUAAAGCAUGGCCAUGGCACUUCUGUAGCUCCAUACAACACAGACAAUGAGACGGCCUACUUUGCUGGGGUAGGAGAUGACUUAGUGAGCUAACACUCACCUAAUACUUUAUUGUCCUAUGUUGAAAGGCAAUAUUACCACAGCAUGAAAUUUGUUACACAUUUAUUUUCCUUUUUUUUACCACAUAGUAGCGUGACUGUUGUUUACUGAAGAGAUAAAGGAUAUUGAGCCUCUUAUUGACCAAAUCGAAAUUAAUGGUCCUUCGACUGGGGUGUUGUGGGCCCAAGGAAGGUUUACCAAAUGGCCUUAUGUUUGCAUCUGCAGUCUUUGGAAUCCUGUUGUAAUGUCUAAUAUUAUGUAAUCAAUCUUUACAUUUCUGUGGGUGGGCUGGGGUUUUGUUUUUCCUGAGGAGGAUAGAUGUAGCCUGUGUAAAA